AUGGAGGCGGCGCUGGGUAGCAGUAUCCUCAAUGAGGUGGCAGGUGAAAGUUUUGCAGAGAUUCUUGGCAGCCUCCGCAACGCUUAUAAGCCGAUUGUUGCGUCAGGACAUGACGCAACUACAAAUUACAAGGUCAAGAAAACUGGAAUCAGUGCAUUGGAUGAAAUCAUUGGCAGGCACUUUCAAUAUACCAAGACUGGCGGCUUGGCUAUCACGGGCCGUUAUCUCCCACUCGUGUACAAAAUCGCAUCUACGCUGGCCUCCCCCCCUAACAACAAAGUGGUCAUCAUUAUCGACUAUGAGGGAUCAUUUCAAGCCUCUGGACUAAAUUGCAGCGAAUCUGCUCUUGAGCACAUCUACGUGCUGCGACCGGCUGAGAACACGCGCGACAAGCUCAGAGACGUCAUAGCCAGCACCGAAAACUAUGUGAUAUACAAUGAGGAAGCAAAGAAGAGCGCCAAUCUAGAGCUCUGGGGAACAAUAGUUCUUGGUAGUACGACAGGGGGUGAUGCUACCGCCGGAUGGAAAGGGUGGUUACGCGUCGACCGAGAAGAAGUACGGCCUUUUCCACCAGACAUCAGUAUCGAAGAGGCACUACAGCAGCGAGAGGAGCGCCAGAGGGCGGUUGAAGCUUCUUGGUGGCAAGUUUCAUCGGCAUGGGGAGGCUUUUGUUUCAAUGACAAUUGGCCUUGA